AUGGUCGACGUUCGGACCAUCCGGGGCCAACUCACACAUGCCACCCAGUCCGCCCGCAUCGUCGUACGCUGUCUCCAUGGUGGAAGGGACACACAAGAUUCGUCGCAACGAGCGAUUAUGCUCCUAGUCGACAUCCAGGACUCUUUAUUUCGUCUAAAAGACCAGAUCAGCUGGGGGGAGGAAACAUGGUUCGUGGAACCGGCGCGGCUGGCCGCUCUCGCCGAAUUGCUCGAGUGUUUUGAGUCAACCAUGAGGUCCAUUGAGCUCUUCUUUCAAGCUGGCGGGGUGGGAGUAUCGUAUUAUCGGAAGAAUUUGCUGGAGCGCACAUUUUCGCCGCGCUUGGAGCAGUACAAGGUUCUGCUGUUGCUGUCCUUGCAGCCGGAGUCGAGUGAACGGUCGUCGUUGGAUCGGAAGAUUAGAUUUAGUUUGACGGCCGCGCGAGAUGUGGAAUCUGCGACCCAACCGGACGUCCAAUUCGACGAACGAACCUCUGCAAUCGUCGAACGCCAGGAACAGGCCAAUGGAUAUUCGAUCAUGAGGAGUAUAAACGUUGGCUGCUGGGUUCUUUCAAGACACUUUAUUGCGUUGGGCCGCAGAACGUUUACGUCUCCGGAUGUUGCGACCGUAUUCAUCUAUUGCCAAGACGAAAAGGAAAAGGAACAAACAACUCUAGAAUUAUUACAGAUUAUACUUGCGCAGCUCGUCUACCGCAGGCGAAGCUGCUCCCCCGCAUCUUCCUCGUUGUUUCAGUCUGAGGCACAGAUUAAGGGGAAGGCCUCGCCAAAGGCAUACCAAAAUGCCAUUCGCGCAGAAGUAGACCGGUUUUCAAAAGUUUUCUUCGUCAUUGAUGGUUUGGACUUGUUUUCGGAUAAAGAUCGUUUUCUCACUCGGCUGCAAAAGCUCCCCGAGCAAGUGCAACUUCUCGUUACCCUCCGUGAAGCCACCCAGGUUGGGGACGCCGCGUAUAUUACCGUCCUUGCACCUCCGGACGACCUUCAUCUCUAUGCUGUUUCCAGGAUUCAGCAGGAUUCGAACCUCCAUGCGCUUCUCACCAGGAGCUCAAGCCCGCGCUUGUACGAGGAUGUCAUUGAUACCGUGGUUGAAAGAAGCCGUGGAGUAUUUUUGAUGGCGAAAAUUCAUCUCGAUCUCCUGUCCCGAUACCAAGACAAGAGAAUACUCGAAAGAGCCUUGUAUCACCUACCGCGGACCCUACCAGAUGCUUAUGGAGAAGCUAUGAAGCAGGUAGUGAGCCGCAAUCCCACCGCCACUCGUUACGUUUACUGGACGUUAUACGCCCUUAGGCCGUUGUCUGUUUCUGACCUGAGAUACGCGACAAACACGGCCAGCGACGAACAUGAAUUCGAUGCCAUUGAUUUUGAGCACACCCUGCAAAGGGAUAGCGGUGGGAUUCUGACUGUUGAUGGUGUGUCCGGCAAUGUCUGUUUUAUACAUAGGACAGCAAGAGAGUAUUUGAGUGGCGCCGCUGCUAGGGUAUUCUUCCCAACUGCCCAGAAUGAGAUUGCCGAAGCUUGUCUGGCUGCGAUCACGGCAGACGAAGUAAUCGAUGAUUGCUACUAUAACGGUGGAAAUGCACCCCGGAGUACCGACAACGGUUUUAUCGAUUAUGCUGCGAAGCACUGGGGUGACCACUCACGCGAUAUCCCCGAGGAGGAAAAGGCCAUCCAGGUACUGAUCAAGACCUUUCUAAAUAAGUUACUCUGGCGGCGUCCGCCGUUGCAGGUUCUCACGAACGAACCUCGAAUACCGUCAGAGCUAGGGCUAGGGAAGUACCCACAAGAUUGGACUCCUCUACAUGUCCUGGCUUACUUUGGCAUCGUCGUCAAAUCACAGCGCCUCCUCGUACAGGGAGCGGAGAUCGACGCGAACGACAACUCAUAUAAAAUAACUCCACUUCACUGCGCAGCCAGUCGCGGAAAUGAGGAGAUGGUGGAGUUUCUGCUGGACAACGGAGCGGAUGGCAACGCUGUGGCCCGAGAUGGCAGCACAGCCCUGCAUUUAGCUACUCAGUACAAUCAGCGAAAAGUCAUGAAAAUGCUUUUGACUCGGCGGGUGAACUCUCAGAUUGCAAACAAGGAGGGUGCGACGAGUCUCCAGCUCGCUGUGACGACGGAAUGGGAUGAGGCUACCGUGCCCCUGCUUGUGAAGAACAAGGUCGAUGUCAAUAUCCGGAACAUCAAAACUGGAGACACGGCACUCCACCUUGCGAUUGAAUGGAGACGCCAGCGUAUCAUCUUAUACCUCCUUGACCGAGGGGCGUCGAUUGAAAUGACCAAUGAAGACGGACUAACGCCUCUUCAGCUGGCAGUCAAGGUAGACAACUGCGACGCAAUCGCUUUGCUCCUUCAGCGCUGCGCGCAAGUUGAAGCCCGCUCACUGUCUGGCUUCACAGCCCUUCAGCUAGCUGCGCAGGAAAAGCACUGGGUUGCCUUUGACCUCCUGGUCAUCGGCGGAGCCGACAUCAACGCCUGGAGCAAGGAAGGUGAGACUCUACUCCAUGAGCAAGCGCGAAAGGCCACCAGCCCAUCCGUCGCCCUGAAGCUUCUUGAACAAGGCGCCAAUAUCGAAGCCAUUACCGCCCAACGGGGGUAUACACCCCUCCACUGUGCCGCCGCCGCAGGAAACAAGGAGAUGUUCAUGUUUUUACUCAAGCGCGGCGCCAAAAUCAGUACACUCACCGCAAGAGGCGAGUCUAUCCUCCAUCUCACGCCUCCCCUCAACGACGACUGUCUCGACAUCCUCCGCACAGCACUAGACUACGAUCUUGACACCAAUGCCUCCACAGCAGAGGGCUGGACACCCCUUCAUCAAGCCAUCUACGUUGGUUCCAGCCCAGAAAAAUCGCCAGAAUUCAUUCACCUCCUUCUUCAACACGACGCAGACGUCACCGCACGCAUCCCCACACCUUCCGCAGAGACGGCCCUCCACCUCGCCGCAACAGCAAUAAACCCCCUCCCGGAAAUCAUCCCACUACUCCUCUCCUCCGGCGCCGAAAUCAACGCCCUGACCGCAGACGGCAAAACAGCACUCCAUCUCGCCGCCGAGCGCGGCCGCGAAUCCAUCUUCCGCCUCCUCUACGACGCCGGCGCGGACGGCUCGUUUGAAGCCCCAGAUAGCGCAAAGGCAGACGAUGGACACGGCGGCGGGAUUGGUAAUACGGCGUUUGAGGUCGCGCUCCGCAACCCGCUUGGGCGACUUUGGUUCGAUUCUGAGGGGAAGCUGAGGCCGCCGACGACCAAGCUAGAUCUUUUGAAGAGGGAGAGUGUCGGGACUGUUAUUGACGAUGGGGCGACGGAGAGUCGGUUCGACGACGACGAUACGACUGAGGAUGAGGAGGAGGAAGACGAUGAGACGGAGGAAAGUAUGAGCGAGAGCGAGUGUCAGAGCCAGAGCGAAAUUGACCUUGAGGAGAGUACGCGUGGGAGGACUAGGAGUAGGGGGGACCAAAAGGCAAAUGGAGCUGUUACGGGCGUUGGCAUUUCGGUGGUUAGAUAUGAGACACCGUAUGUUAUUGUGUGA